AAUCCGAGAGCACGUCAUCAUUGACGGAUCAUCGCUGAUUCUCCGAUAAGCAAAACAAAGCAGCGGCCUGAGGAGCUGAACAACCGCGCCCUUAACAAAGGAGAAUCUGUGGCACCAUGCCGAUACUAUAUAGUGUGAUAUCGCGGGGCACCACCGUGCUGGCGAAGUUUGCGGAGUGCGUCGGCAACUUUGCCGAAGUGACGGAGCACAUAAUCGGACGGAUCGGGGUGCACAACCACAAGAUGACCUACACACACGGCGACUACCUGAUCCACUACACCUGUGAGAACAAACUGGUCUACAUGUGCAUCACCGACAACGAAUUCGAACGGUCACGGGCCUUCCUGUUCUUGGCGGAUAUCAAGCAGAAGUUUAUCCAGACUUACGGCCUCCAGGUGGCCACCGCCAUCGCCUACUCCAUGAACACGGAGUUCUCCAAGGUCCUGGCCCAGCAGAUGGUCUACUUCAGUCAGUCCCGGGAGGUGGACACCAUUUCGCGAGUACAUGGUCAGAUUGACGAGCUUAAAGACAUUAUGGUUAAGAAUAUUGACAGCUUGCGGGAUCGCGGCGAGAAACUGGAGCUGCUGGUCAACAAGACCGAAAAUUUGAGCAAUAAUUCCGUUGCAUUCCGCAAGGCCUCGCGAAAUUUGGCGCGUCAAAUGUUUUGGAAGAACAUCCGCGUCUACGUGGUGGUGGGUCUGGUGAUAACCUUCAUCGUUUACGUGAUUGUGAGCAUGGCCUGCGGUGGCCUCGCUUGGCAGUCCUGUGUUUAGGACAAGUUGCUUAAAAGUUGUUUAUAUUGUUAUAGGCUCAUAACACAUGUAUAUUUGCAUAUAAAACUCUACAGUACUCUCAUUAUCUAUGUUCUAUGUAAUAAACUUCAAUGUAUACCGGA